AAAUGGGGCCGGAGGUGUUUUCGCAUUCGGCGUAUCACGUGAUACAUAUUUCAAAAUGGACGCCCACUCUACUUUCGAUAUCAUCUUCCUAUUUGGUCCUUCAUUACCGAUGAAGGAGAGUUACCUUCCGAAAUCUAUCCUUUCUGCAGAUUUUGUAUCACUGUGUAUUGAAGAAAUGUUCCAUCAAAAUCCACAAUUUGGGCUGAGAGAUGCUGCUCUGAAAAUUGUUCAAGAGUUGAAAAAGAAUCGUCAAGUAAUUGUUGAUGGCAAACUUUUACUCAAAGCAACGAGAAAGAGCCUGGUUCAAACUAUUAAGAAAAAGGUACCCUCCUGCAGCAUCUUACUUGUGAAAUUAUUGCCCGUUGGAGGUUUCUCCCAAGUCAUGUGGUCUUGGCAUUCCUCUUGGACCAUGGAGAAAGUCUCUUUUGUAGAAGAUGAAACUACUGUGAAGAAGUGGUUUGAUUCAUCCCUGCAAAAGAUUGAUUUCCAGUCAGAAUAUGUUGAAGACCCAAAACCAGAUGAAGGCUUCCAAGUGCAAGAAAUAAAUGUCCCUUUAUGUGCACAGAGCCACUUCAAGUAUGAAAUGCCAGGUCUCCUCAUUCAGUGGGAGGCUUUGCUGACUGAGCAGGGGGACCUUCACCCACAGCUUCCCUCAUUGUGUGCAGAGUGGGUGAAGAGGAACUCCUGUGGACAUAUUGUGGUUUUACGUGCUGCAAAGGAUGUUGCAAAAGGAAGAAUGAUGUCCCCUGAUGCUUCCCAGUCCCUCCCUCACAUUCUCAGACAACUCACACAGCAGAUUGGUCAUCCUGUGUAUGCUCUGCGCUUCUCGAGGAACAGACCAGGAAGCUACAGCCUUCCCCCUCAGCCUGGUGUUUUAGCUUUUCUACAGUCCCAGCACCUCCUGGAUCUACAUGGUGAAAGUACUGUGUAUGUCUUCAAUGACCUCGACCACAUGAAGAUGGCACAAGUAGCAGGUGUAAAACACUUAAAGAUGUCGACAGCUGCAAGGUCUUCAAAAUGGAUUGUUGAUGGACCGUGCCUCAUUCCUGCUGUUCCUGCCAUGCUCACCUCAAUGUCUGUGGGGAAACCCCUUGGUGAUCUCACUGCACCACAGCCGGUCCGAGUGCCUUUGUACCUGGAAAUAUCUGAGAAUCGACAAACUCUGUGCGCUUCUAGACAAUACAGUUAUGGCUAUGAGGAGCAUGUGUUUACUGAGAGCUGGGAUUCAUUCCUUCAAUUUCAAGAGCGGUUUUCGUCACAAGUGACUCCGAUAGACUGCCCAAGAAGCAACCUGAAGAAAGUGUUCCGUACAGAGUGUUCUAGCAGGUCAGCCACUUCAGUAACCAAGAGAAAGGCAGGUGUGACCACUGUCAGGUCAGCUGAUGAAUGUGAUCCCAAUAUUCCCAGCUGGAUGACCACAAAGCUCAGGAGGCAAUCCACCCUUGAAUCGACAGUGUCCAGCUCAGACAAAGAAGACAGUAAAGAAUCUGCUAGUGUAACCUCUCUCAGGUCUUCAAGAACAGUAUAUCUCAUGACAGAAAAAGAGCUAUGUAACAUUGCCAGACAAGUUCUAUCAGAGGCAGGGAGAGAGGACAGCAUGGAAAAAAAGAUUGAAGAUAAAGAUGCUGGUUGACCUCAAUUGAGGUUUCAUCUGAUGUCUGUGGCGAUCUGUUCUAAUACUUCCUGUACGUUUAAAUUUACUACCAAGUCUUUCUCUUUUGUCGAAACAUUUUCAACGAAUAAAAUGUUAAUGAGUUUUCCUA